AUGCCUCGGCAGCCGGACUACUAUGAAGUACUUGGGGUUCCCAGAACUGCUGGCGCUGAUGAAAUACGACGGGCUUACAAACAGCAAGCCCUGCGACAUCAUCCGGACAAGAACCCUGAGAAUGUGGAAGAAGCCACUGCAAAGUUCAAGCUUGUUUCUGAAGCGUAUUCCGUGCUGAACGAUGUGGCACGGCGGGCUGCUUAUGAUUCUGGCAAGCUCGACAGUAGCAACGAGGUUGAGCCGACCUUCACAGCAAACAUGGCCCAUGACCUCUUCCGAGAGGUCUUCGGUGAUGAAUUUGCCCGCAGACUGGCCGCGGCAGCGGGCAAUGCCAGCUCUGCCGUGGCUGGGACCAUCGACUUCGUGGCAGAAAGCGAGACCUUUAAGGCAGCGAAGCAUGCCACCGCCAGCGGUAUCUCCAAAGCUGCAGAAUCAGUUGGCCAGAGCCAAGUGGUCCGCAGUGCGGUGGCGAAGCAUCUGGGGUCGCUGGCUGAUCAAGCCAACUCGCGCUUGGCGGAGAGGGAACGCUCUGAAGCCUUGUCGCGGCAAGCCUUGGACAUCCAGCGGGGCAGGUUGGAGCAGCACUGCAAAGAAGUGGCGGAAAUCCAAGAGCGAAGGAAUUCGCGGGAGAUGACUUGGUGGGCAGCCACUUGGGAGUGGAUCAAUGGCGAGCAGGCAGCCGCAGACCGUGUGGAGGAUAGAAAGGCCUCUGCAGAGACAAAGAAGCUCCAGCAGCUUUGCAGACACGGUUGGGCCCAUGGGGGCACAAGCUCGAUGCUUGCGCUGAGGGCGCAGCUCCUAUGGGCCAAGACCGCAUGGCAGAAGGCUGCCAGCGAUCUGAAGGAGGCACGGCUACAUGCUGCAGAAGCAGAGCAGAGGGAGUUACAGGCCAUGAAGAGUGGAGUGUCACUUCAAGAUGCUGCAGAUGCAGGUGCUUACAUGUUUAGCAGCUUCCUGGACCGUGUGCGUGGAACUCCAUGA